AUGAUGGAGGGGAAGAAGGUUUUGGCUAUGAACGGGUCGGGGGAUGGUUUGCUCUACAUUCCGAGUGAAGGCAUAUUGAAGAAAGGACAUUCGGAAGUCUGCAACAAAAGAUGGGGUUGGCAUGUGAUAGGGAAUGUUAUCUACUCUUGUGAAACGGGUGGGAGGAUAAUGUGGUGUGAGGCAAGUGAAUUGGAGUGGCGACAACAACCGGAGGUGAUGGAGUGGAGAGAGGUGAUGGGCUUGGAGGAUCUUAGGGACACUCUCUGUGCCUCCAAAGUGGUUAGCUAUGGUUGGGGAGUGUUGGAGCAUUAUGAGUCUUUCAAAAGGGAAAGGACCAUGGAAGGGCUGACCACAACACCCCUCGACGAUUUAUAUGUUGGCCACAAACUUAGCAGCUCUGGUCCCAACAUGUUACUCUUCUGGGACGUGCUUGGUCCUCAUAAACUGGAGAUUUUCUGUGCCGAGAUCUCUUUACAGAGGCGCAAGGAGACAGGCCAGAUCUUGGGCAACGUUGAGUGGUCCGAGGUUGUCAUGACGCUCGAUCCUCCUCAUACUCAGCAUCAGCAACACUGUAAAAUUCUGUAUUCUCUAUCACUCGAUCUCUGA